UUCAUCCUACUAUGCCAUGCCAUUCACUGAUGAGAGACUGGUAUUCUUCUGUUGAUUCUCCUCACUUACUCAUUCACCACACCCCCAGCGGCGUGGCUGGCUGGCACUCAUCAGAGAAACCCCAACAUCAUCGCAACCAACCUGACAUCAUUGUUGGUGGUGCUGUAGCGACAACCGCAACAGACAGGGAGGAGGCAAAAAGCGAGUGGCUAGCAGCGAGUGGCGGGGGCCAGGGCGUGGUGGUGCUGUGCUGCAGUUCUCCUCUCUUCCUGCUGCGUACCUCCAAAACUUUGUUUCUUUCUUUGGGUGGAGAGGUCGAGAGAGAGAGCGGCGCGUUGCGAUUUCCUAGAGAGAUGGCUGCAUUGGUGAUGUGGGUUUAGUUAAGGGGUGAACCGAGAGGUGGGUAUGAAGGACAGACUAGAGGGAGUAGGAAGGAGAAGUGAGUGUUGCGGUGAUUAGUGGGGUAGAAUAUGUGACGUGCAGAGCAGCAGCCGAUAGGAGUCUUUUUUAUUCGUUGAUGUGAGUGACAUCGUGGGUUGGGGGAUGUUUGUUUGGUGGGGCAGAGGGGAGGUUGUGAUGAGGAGAGAGAAGAAGAGGGUUUCUCAAGAGGGUUAAGGUCUUUGCCAGAUGUAGAAGGGAAACAGGUGAGGAAUAGAUGACGAUGACGGAGUUUUGCGAUUCGGGAUGGAAUUGUUGCGUCUGCAGGCGCAGCCAUGUCCGCCAAGGUCGCGGCCGAUCGUUUGAUGUGUGAGCGCAGGGGUUGAAUUAGAGGCCGGAAGGUGUGAGGCGGGGCCAGGAACGAUGACUUCUAGGGUGCCUAGGAAGUUGGUAGGUAGGGCAAUGGCGGAUUCGAUGAGUAGUAGCGUAGAUGACGACGACAACUCCCUCGAUGGGCGCAACAGCUCGCAUGGCGAUAGGCGGCAGAGCCUUGACUACAUAAACGUCUAUCAUUCUCCUACCUUCCCAAAGACGGAGGAGAAACCUAAACGCAGAAGCCCGCGGCCAGCUUAUGCCACUGGGGAUUUGAUGAACCAUUUUAAUGGCUCGGAUCCAGUGCGAUUGGAGCUGACGCGCUUGGAAAACGAAUUAAGGGACAAGAAUCGCUCAUUGGCGGAUGCCCAAGCAGAGAUCAAAUCCCUCCGAAUAUCAGACCGUCUAAAACAAAAAGCAGUGGAUGAGCUUUCUGAUGAGCUGGAGAAAGUCGACGACAAACUCAAAGGGACUUUGGUUCUCCUUGACAACAAGAAUCUUGAAGUGAAGAAAAUGAAUGAUGAAAGGAAAGCAGCACUAGCAGCACAGACCGCAGCAGAGGCGACUCUAAGAAGGGUUCAGGCGUCUCAAAAGGACAAUGACAUGCCUCCGUUGGAGGUUAUCUUAGCUCCGCUUGAGGCUGAAUUGAAAUUGGCGCGUCUAGAGAUUUCAAAGCUACAAGAAACGAACAGAGCUCUGGACCGGUUGACGAAGUCGAAGGAGGCGGCCCUUAUCGAGUCCGAAAGGGUGAUCAAAGCAGCCGAGGCUAAGGCCUCUAUGGUGGACGAUUUGCAGAACCGGAACCAAGAGCUGCUGAAGCAGAUCGAGAUCUGCCAGGAAGAGAACAAAAUCCUGGAUAAGAUGCACAGGAGCAAAGUGAACGAGGUGGAGAAGCUGAGCGCAACGGUUCGCGAUCUGGAGGAGGCGGUUCUAGCUGGAGGGGCUGCGGUGAACGCUGCUCGGGACUACCAGCGGCAAGUGCAUGAAUUGAUGGAAAUAAAGCGGACGUUGGAGCGUGAACUGGCACGAGCGAAGAUCAGUGCGAACAGAGUGGCUACGGUGGUUGCGAACGACUGGAAAGACGAAAGCGAGAAAGUGAUGCCGGUGAAGCAGUGGCUGGAAGAGCGGCGGUUUUUGCAGGUAGUGGGGUGAAGCAGUAGCGUGGGGUGA